CACAGCAGCGGCGACACAAAAGCCCAUGCAAGCGGCAGCGGCAGCGGUUUUCCAUAAAAUAAAUGUUUGAGUUAUGUAGAAAAACAUUUUGGGCGAGAGGAUUUUCGUUUUCGUUGCGAUUCAGUUAACAUUUGGCAGCCGGAUUCCGCCUCAGACAGACACGACGACCGGACCACCAUCCAAGUGUAUCUCCCCGAGCUUCAGCUUCAGCUUCAAGCUUUGAGUCUUCGUUUCGUCAUGUACAGUUAUCAGUAAGCGCCGCCGCCGCCGGUAACCGAAACCGUUAAGAAGCGAAACGCAAAACGAAAACGAAAACGAAAUGGUGCGCGAGUGACAUGGCCGAUUGGAUAUCGAAUUCAAAUUCCAAUUCAAACUCAAAAUCAAAAUCAAAGUGAAUAAUAAUAAUAAAUAAUCAGCCAAAUCGAACACAGUUCCUGAGCAAAAGUCAAAGCGAAAGUGUUGCGUCCUCUACUGCAUACUCGUAGGAGAAGAAUAGCAUAGAAUCUCCCUCUAGAAUCUAGUUAGUGAUAGUCGCUAAUCAUGCACACCAGCACGGAUCCCAUGCACACUCUGCACGACAGCGUCUCCCUGUCGCCGCCGUUGCACAAGAGCCAGCGGACCGGCAGUGCAUCAUCGCGAGCCGCCGCCGUGGAUGCCAUGUCCAUGGCCUGCGACGACAGCGAUCUGGAGCCGUCGGCCAUCGGCGGUAGCGCCGGAGAUGGUUCCGGCAAUGCCGGCGGUCCACUGGUGAAGCCGCCGUACUCCUACAUAGCCCUCAUCACAAUGGCCAUUCUGCAGUCGCCACACAAGAAGCUGACCCUCAGCGGGAUCUGUGACUUCAUCAUGUCGCGCUUUCCCUACUACAAGGACAAGUUCCCCGCCUGGCAGAACUCCAUCCGGCACAAUCUCAGCCUGAACGAUUGCUUCAUCAAGGUGCCGCGCGAGCCGGGCAAUCCGGGCAAGGGCAACUUCUGGACCCUGGACCCGCUGGCCGAGGACAUGUUUGACAACGGCAGUUUCCUCCGACGGCGAAAGCGAUACAAGCGGGCCCCCACAAUGCAGCGAUUCUCCUUUCCGGCGGUAUUCGGCACACUGUCUCCAUUUUGGAUACGCAAACCCGUGCCGCUGGUCCCGGUGCACUUCAAUGUGCCCAACUUCAACGGCAGCCGAGACUUUGACGUGAUGCACUCGCCGGCGGAUGUCUUCGACACGGCGCUGCGGGCGGACAAGAAGUUCAACUUUUUCGCCAAUGCCGAGGCAUCGCUGUACCAGAACGGCCAGAGUGGCGACAAGUUCGAUCGCCUCAACUUCAUAAAUCGCGCUCGGGGUGUGGAUGCAACAGAGGCCGUGGCCCACAGCAGUGGCGGUGCUGGGAGUAGAGUCGGCGGCAAGUACAAAAGUCCCUACCCCUUCGAUGUGGCGACUAUGGCCAGUGCCGCCGCUGGCAUUCCGGCCCACGGCGAGUACGGGGAGAGGGUCAGCGGCACCACCGGCGGUGGCUACAUGGAUCUCAAUGUGUACAACGACGAUGCGGAGGCGGAGGCAGAUGCGGAUGCAGAGACCGAGGCGGAGGCAGAGGCGGACGACGACUCGUGCGAGGACAAGAUCGAUGUGGAGAGCGCCAACGAGAACGACCAGGAGGACUCGCACAUAUCGGACUCGGUGGAUAGUGCGUGCACGAACCGGCUGGACGUGCCGGCGGAUAUGCUGCUGUUCGAGCAUGCCGAGACCUCCAGAAGCCCCAUUGUCCAGGCCCUCACGUCCAGUCCGAGGAGCCGCUACGACGGUGAGCCAGCCAGCCUGCGGUCCAACAAGCAGAGCUAUGCCAAGGACUUUCGCAUCGAGACGCUCAUCGGGCAUCAGCACCGUCGGACACCAGCGGCCAGUCACGACGAGGCGAGUGACUAGGUCCUGACGCAGGACACCCUAGGACCAUCCCCCGUUCCGCUUGGCUUGUGUAUAUUUGAUUCCACCCACGGUGAUUUCUGUCUCAUUUCGAUCUAAGCACUUUUUAACACACCCUUUGCCCCCUCUGUCCAACUAGUCACCCCCUAGCACCUAGCCAGGUCCGACAGCCACGUAGUGAUCAGUAUCUGUAGGAGUAGAAUAUGCCAGAGCACAGAGAUUUUAAUGCGACCAAAUCAAACGCUAUAGUUGCGAGUCCACUUACACACUGUAUAUCGGAAUCCAAGCAUAGAAUAUAUCUAUGCGAAUCUGAUCCAUUGCACAUCUAUAGCAUACUUUUAAAGUG